UCAGAGUCGUAUAACAGAGUAGGACCCCCCACCCUUUCUCUCUCUCUAGCCAAUCAAAGUCCAUUUUUAACUCGUAUUCCACGACUCUCUUUCUCUUGGAACCGUCCCAGAAAACUCACUCACCCUUCAUUUCCAUUUCUCUCCAGUUUUGUGUCUUGUGUAUAAGAGUUUCUUCUGGUCUAUGUUCUUGGGUUCAAUUCAAUUAAUCUCCCAAAAAGCUGAGAGCUUCUGAACUCAACCUGUCAAGCUCAAAAACUAAGGUACUUCGUUCGGUGUUACCAAUUCCUUUAAGCACCUAGUUAUAUAUCUUUCCGCAGUAUUGCUUCAAUUGUCAAAGUCCGAUGAACCUCAAGUUAGGGGUGGAGGUUGUGGCUGCCCAUGACCUUAUGCCCAAAGAUGGGCAGGGCGCAGCCAGUGCAUUUGUGGAGCUCCACUUUGAUCAUCAGAGAUUCCAAACCACUACGAAAGAAAAAGAUCUCAAUCCUGUUUGGAAUGAGAGCUUCUACUUCAACAUUUCUGAUCCAAACAACCUCUCUAACCUCAGUCUUGAAGCCUGUAUUUACCACCAUGGUAAAGGCAACUCCAAAUCUUUCCUCGGAAAGGUUUGUCUUACUGGGACAUCAUUUGUUCCAUAUUCUGAUGCUGUUGUUUUGCACUACCCUCUGGAGAAGCGAGGCCUUUUUUCACGCAUUAAAGGAGAGCUUGGUCUAAAAGUUUUUGUUACUGAUGACCCGUCUAUAAGAUCCUCAAAUCCACUUCCUGCACUGGAUGCGUCUCUGGACAGAGAUUCACACUCUGCACAUGUUCAAUCACAAUCACAAUCACAAUCACAACAAGUUCCAAAUGUUAACUCAAACAUGUUGUCCAAUGAUAAAGCUGAGUCGAGACACACAUUUCAUCACCUUCCAAACCCCAACCUAGCACAGCAGCAGAAUAUUUCUUCAGCGUCAAUGCAGCCAUCAGUGAACUAUGGGAUGCAGGAAAUGAGGUCUGAACCACAGUCUUCUAAAGUUGUUCGCAGUAUGUACUCAGGUUCAUCAGCUCAAGCGCCUGAUUAUUCCCUUAAAGAGACAAGCCCUUACCUUGGAGGGGGGCGAAUUGUUGGAGGGCGAGUCAUACCUGGAGACAGGCCAUCUGGCACCUAUGACCUUGUUGAAAAGAUGCAAUACCUGUUUGUACGAGUUGUGAAAGCCCGUGACCUUCCUCACAAGGAUAUAACAGGUAGCCUUGAUCCAUAUGUUGAAGUAAGAGUUGGUAACUACAAGGGAACUACAAGGCAUUUUGAGAAAAGACAGAACCCUGAAUGGAAUGAGGUAUUUGCUUUUGCAAAGGACAAUCAGCAAUCAUCUGUUUUGGACGUUGUAGUCAAAGACAAGAAUCUUUUGAAAGAUGAUUUUGUUGGGUUAGUACGGUUUGAUCUCCAUGAAGUUCCUCAUCGAGUUCCACCAGACAGCCCAUUGGCUCCAGAAUGGUAUCGGCUCGCAGACAAGGAUGGAAGGAAGGACAAAGGAGAACUGAUGCUUGCAGUAUGGUUUGGCACACAAGCUGAUGAGGCAUUUCCAGAGGCCUGGCAUUCGGAUGCAAUUGGUCCUGACGAUGGUUCUUCGGUUGCUUAUGGACACAUCCGUUCAAAAGUUUACCAUUCACCUAGACUAUGGUAUGUUCGAGUAAAUGUGAUUGAGGCACAGGACUUGGUUCUACACGACAGGUCCCGCUUCCCAGAUGCAUAUGCAAAAGUACAGAUUGGUAAUCAGGUUUUAAAGACAAAACCAGUUCAAUCUCGAGCUAUGAACCCAAUGUGGAACGAGGACCUGAUGUUUGUUGCUGCUGAACCCUUUGACGAUCAUCUGAUCGUUUCAGUUGAAGAUCGUGUAGGUCCAAGCAAAGAUGAGACCUUAGGAAGGGUAGUUAUACCAUUGAACGCUAUUGAGAGGCGUGCAGAUGAUCGAUUAAUCCGUGGCCGGUGGUUUAACCUUGAAAAGCACAUGUCAGAUGCCAUGGAGGGGGAGCAACGGAAGAAAGAUAAAGAUAAGUUUUCCAGUAGAAUCCAUCUCCGUGUUUGCCUUGAUGGAGGGUACCAUGUGCUUGAUGAGUCAACUCACUACAGCAGUGACCUUCGACCCACAGCUAAGCAGCUAUGGAAGUCACAUAUUGGUGUGUUGGAGCUCGGAAUUCUAAAUGCUGAAGGGUUGCACCCAAUGAAAACAAGGGAUGGGAAGGGUAUGUCAGACACAUAUUGUGUAGCAAAGUAUGGGCACAAAUGGGUUCGUACUCGAACCAUAAAUAACAGCCUAAGCCCAAAAUACAAUGAGCAGUACACAUGGGAGGUAUAUGAUCCUGCCACAGUUCUUACUGUUGGGGUUUUUGAUAACAGUCAGAUUGGUAAUAUAAAUGGCAGCAGUAGGGAUUUGAAAAUUGGCAAGGUCCGGAUUCGAAUCUCUACCCUUGAGACUGGCCGUGUCUACACACACAAUUACCCAUUACUAGUCCUUCAUCCUUCAGGUGUCAAAAAGAUGGGUGAAUUGCAUCUUGCAAUUAGAUUUACGUGCACUUCAUUCGUUAACAUGAUGUUUAAAUACUCUAAACCACUUUUGCCAAAGAUGCAUUAUGCAAGGCCAUUGACUAUGAUUCAGCAAGAUAUGUUACGUCACCAAGCUGUCAACAUAGUUGCAGCUCGUCUUAGUCGGGCAGAACCACCUCUUAGGAAGGAAGUAGUUGAAUACAUGUCUGAUGCAGACUCUCAUCUUUGGAGCAUGAGGCGAAGCAAGGCAAACUUUUUCAGACUGAUGUCAGUUUUUUCAGGGUUGUUUGCUGUUGCAAAAUGGUUCGGAGAAGUCUGCGCUUGGAAGAACCCCAUCACUACCGUGCUAGUACAUGUUCUUUUCGUGAUGCUUGUGUGCUUCCCUGAAUUGAUUUUGCCAACUGUUUUCCUAUACAUGUUUCUGAUAGGGAUUUGGAACUGGAGGUACCGCCCAAGGUACCCUCCUCAUAUGAACACAAGGAUCUCAUAUGCAGAUGCUGUGCACCCUGACGAGCUUGAUGAAGAAUUUGACACAUUCCCCACAACGCGGAGUUCAGAUAUAGUUCGAAUGAGGUAUGAUCGCUUGAGGAGUGUUGCUGGAAGGAUUCAAACUGUGGUGGGAGAUGUUGCAACCCAAGGGGAGCGGCUUCAGGCACUUCUCAAUUGGCGCGAUCCUCGUGCCACUACUUUAUAUAUUACCUUCUGUCUUGUGGCUUCUAUUGUGUUGUAUGUGACACCUUUCCAGGUUCUGGUUCUUCUUGGUGGCGUUUACCUCAUGAGGCACCCGAGGUUCAGGGGUAAGAUGCCAUCAGCCCCGGUUAACUUCUUUAGAAGGCUGCCAGCAAGGACAGAUAGUAUGUUGUAAAAGGUCUACUCAGAUGUGGUAAAGUUUGUCCUGCCAGUGUCUCUGAUUUUUUAUUUUCAUGGCGGUACUUGUAAAUUGUAACGCGUAUCCGCUGGUGUUCUGUUUAUUGUUUAUUGUCAAUCAUGGAAGUGCACAGAUGUAUGCAAACUGUUGUGAUCCCGGUUAGUGCUACUCCUAUUGAUGUACUGUUCUGCAUUUUCAAGCAUCUAUAAAUAUGGUUGAAUCAUA